UAGAUGUAGUUAGCGAAUCACCGUUCGACGACCUUGCACGCCCUAAACAUCCUCUAAAUGCUGGUUCUAUUGGCUGGGGGCACGGUGAACACAUCCUUGCGCAUAAUGCCGCCUCAUCCUUCCCUACUGUCAUCCACUCCAUAUCCUCCCCCAUCCCCACUCCUUCAUCUUCCUCCGCAGCGCAACCCUUGCUCGUUUCGAAGCAUCAUCAUCUCCCCACGACAUCUUUGGAAGAUCCAACGACGCAAGCUCGUCACAAGAUUCUCGCCGAGCAGACAUUCGCACGGCUCUGUCCAUAGAACUAGCGCGAUCCUAACACCGCCGAGUGAAGUGCAGGGGCGAGAGAAUCAGGAACGCGAGCGGAGAAGCUGCACGGUCCGGGUCCAGUGCUUGGCCGAAAGAAUCAGGGCGUUGCCCGCUACGGACAGGGUCGAGUUCGUCCGUCUCCUACGGCGAGAUGGGCAGAUGGGGAGCUUGUCCGGGGUCAACGAUCUGCUCGCGGCAUUGGCCAUGGCGCACGAGCCCGACAUCGCCUUGCAAGUGUUCGACGAAAUGCCGUCUCAUGGGUUGGACCCGGACUCGUGGACGUUUUCGUCCGCGAUCGUCUGCCACUGUUUGAAGAACAACUUAGAUGAUGCUGCACGAAUCUUGGACUUCAUGGUGGAUAACGAGCUAUGCCCGAGCGUCGCGACUUUCACGACCCUCGUGAAUUCGUUUUGCAGAAAGGGCCAAAUGCAGAGGGCUUUUGAGGUGUUCCGCGUGAUGAACAGAGUCGGUUGCGAGCCCACAAUUCAGACGUACAAUUGCUUGAUCAAAGGGUUGUGCUACGUUGGGAGGGUGGAGGAAGCAUAUGAGAUGUUGGAGAAUAUCAAGAAGGAUUCGUUUUCGAUCAAACCGGACAUAUACACAUACACAGCUGUAAUGGAUGGGUUUUGCAAAGUGGGCAGGUCGCCAGAGGCCAUGGAAUUGCUUGAUGAAGCUCUAGAGGCAGGGUUGUCUCCGAAUGUUGUUACUUACAAUACUUUGUUCAAUGGGUAUUGCAAAGAAGGGAAGCCGAUGAAAGGCUUUGGUGUGUUGAAGCUGAUGAAGGAGAGCGAUUGCAUGCCAGACAACAUCAGUUAUAGCACCUUGAUUCACGGCUUGUUGAAGUGGGGGAAAAUAAGGGCUGCAUUGAGGGCUUAUAAAGAGAUGGUAGGAGAUGGUUUUGAAGUUGAAGGGAGGAUGUUGAAUACAUUACUUAGGGCUGUGCGCAGGAUUUCUUUGAAAGAGAGAAACCUAUUGGAUGAUGUCUACCAGAUGUUCGAGAAAAUGAGAAGCAGGGGUUGUGUUAUCGAUGAGACCUCUUAUGGAUUUAUCAUACAAACACUUUCUGUAGGGAACAGAGAUGAAGAAGCUUUGUUCAAUAUAGAGCACAUGAUGAGAAUGGGGCAUUCACCAAAAAUGACUAGCUUAGCUAGAGUAGUGAGAGCACUUUGCGGGGAGGGAAAGCUUGACAAGGCUCUGUUGGUCCUAAUGGAUGAAAGAUUUACGCAUCCCAUUAAAGAUGCAUACAACGUCGUUAUAAACGAGUCUAAUCGUCAAGGAAGGUGGUUAUGCGCUUGUAAUGUGUAUGGUAUGGCACUGAAGCGAGGUGUCGUGCCCGAGAAGAAGCCAGAAGAUGCCUAGGGAAGAGUCUUGGCUAACUGACGACAGUAGCCACCUUCUUGGAUCACUACCUAAGGGAGAUCGCCUCAUAGUUCCAAGCGGCUUGGUGUGACGACAGCUCUUGAAUAGAAGCCAUCAACGGAGCAAAUGCUUCUUACUAU